UCGCUAUACAAAAAAAAUAUUUAGGCGAAUGAAACCUUGAUGGAAAAUUGCAAACGCUGUCCCAUGGGAUUUAAACUAUCAAAAAGUCCCUCCGCUACACAUGUGUUAUACUUCAGUAACAUGUAGCAUUAAAACAAAUUCUGUUUUUAAACUAUAAAGAAAAUGAGAGUUUUUAAAACCGUCACAUAAAAAGAAAAAAAAAAUCUGUAAAUAUACAUGAUUUUCUUGUAACUAAAAUUUAUGUAUGCUUCUGUUCAAAGAACUCUUAAUUAAGAUACAGUUAUAAAAGAACAGUGUAUUACAACUUUAAUACUGACACGUCUACCAAUAAGUAUGAUUUGGUUUUUGGUUACAUGAAUUUGGUAAAUAUUUUUUCCAUACCCGUUUAGAGUUUUAACUGUCACAGUGGACAGGGGUCCUAAGUGUUCAUAACGUUUUAACGUGUAGUACUAAAAACGGAGUGUGUGUUUCACAAUGCGUGGUAAAAGAGGCUCGAAAAACAAGUCGUCGGAUGCACGCCGUGUGAAAGCACAAAAAAAACAAGAAAGUGCAGACGUUCAUUCUUGUCAGGAAGAAUCAUUAUAUGAGAGCAUCCGUAAUUUAAAAACAAUUGAUCCAGAUUUUUAUGCAUUUUUGCAAGAAAAUGAUAAAGAGAUUUUGGAGUUUUCUAAAGAGGUUAACAUCACGCCGUCUGAAGAUCCAAAAAAAAAAAAUUCAAUUUGUUACGACGCUGGUUUAAAAUUUGUCGAGCAAGGAGUACGUGAACCGAUCGUUGAGUCGUUUUUCGAGUUGUUGCACGCUGCUGAAUUCAACACUUCGUUUCACUCAAUUCGCUCUGUUAUUAACGUUUUUCGUAAUGUCGUUAACACCUACAAUGAAAAAAAUGUUCUUCCUUCAAGUGAUGCUUUCUUAUCUACCCUUUUAAAAGAUAAAAAACAAAAAAAAAAAAGUAACAAGGAUAUUUCUUUCAAUACAUCCGAAGUGAAACCUGAGACCAGAAUGCAAGGCAAAGUUAAAUCAAUAAAUAGUAUAACAAAUGCGUCGAGCGAAAAAGACGAAACAAAUCAAGUGUCGUUAGAUUCUUAUUAUUGUAUUAUUAAGAACACCAUUGACAAAUUUGAUUCCCUUGUAUCUAAAAUUUUUGAUUUACGUGCGGUAGACAAAGCGCUACCGCCGCAAGAGCCUUGUUCAGUUUGGUUACCAAAAAAAAGUAGUACCCCUCUAAAAAUGGUGAAUUUCUUGGAAAAGUUUUGGUUAACAAUGGCAACACUUCUAAAGCAAUGUCUACUACACAUUGACCAAGCAACAAGUUGUAUUACAAAUGUUUUGAACAAGCUAUCAAAUCAAAGUCUAUUACGCUGGUUGUCUCCAGUUCGAAAACAUAUUCUAGUUGAAUUUGUUGAAAAUUUAGUUAGCGUUUGGUUAUUAGCGCGUCAUUCGAAGGACCAUCACUUGAAAGUUUCACUGGAAGCUUUCACUGUCAUUCAGAGUUUACAAACACUGACGAAAACUUUAAACUUUUGUUGUGCAUGUCAAAAAAAAUCUCACCCAAAAGAGAAUAUAAAUUUUAUUGCGGAAGAGGCUGAGCAGGCUUUUUUAUCACUCAUUUUGAAACGCUAUUUAACGCUUAUUGAGAAAAUAGGAGUUUCAUACUCGUCAAUUUCAGGAUUCAACUUCCUUGAGGAUUGUAUUGUUCAAAUGUGUUCCUUAGCAAAUGAUAAUGUUGUGUAUCGUGUAAUGUUUACUCUUCUCCGAAAAAUAGGAGUCAUGGUACGCAACACUAUGCGAAGCAAAAUACCCCAAAAAAAAGAUGGAAAGAAAAUGAGUAUAGAAAAAAGUGAUGCAAUCAGUCAAAAACGUUUAAAUUCAACGGGACUUAUUUAUCAUUGGUACUUUAUUUUAACCGUCAAGCUAAUAAUACUAGUCAUAUCCGUGAAGCCAAAAACAUUAAAUCUUUUAACGUUUCCUAUAUCCGUUAUAUUAACAUGUGUAAUGCAAAUUAGAUUUAAUAAUCCGAUAUGGUCUCCUUUUAUUUUACAUUGCUUUAAAUUACAAUGUCUUUUAAUGUCAAAGCUCAAUACUUUUGUUCCUUUGGGUUCGCUCUUAUUAAGUUUUGGAGACAUGAUAAUAAAACGUUUAAAACCUCUCAUGCUUGCACAAAAAACAAUAAAGCAAAAGCAACCAGUUAGCGCCUCGUCAAAAUCCUCUCACUAUUCGAAUCCUUCGCAUAUAGGGCGUCCGGCAAUCCAAAGAGUAUCCAAACUACCUUCCUUUGCUCCACCUUCAAAAGGAACAACAAUCGCAAAGUACUUUGACGUAGAUAUGAUUUUAUCUCUCAAAACCUCUAAUAUGGAUAAUAUGGAGGUUUUAGAAUCACAAAUAGAGCGAUGGGUUGAAAUACUCAUUGAUUAUUAUGGGUUGAUUUGCUAUCAUCCUUCUUUCCCAGAAUGCGUAGCCCCGUUUCUGCAAAAUUACAAAACAUUUUGUCGUUCGCAGAGUAACACAUUGUGCAGUGUUUUUUUGAAAUUUGUUAGUCUUUGUGAAAAAACGUGCCACAUUAUUCGUGAAAAACGUUUCAAUCUUGAUCCACUGGCUGUUGAUGGCAGUUUACGGGUGUUGAACUUUACAACUCUUCCUCUAGCUGAUUAUCGUUUGGUUGUGUUGGAGAAGCGUAACGCGGAAUUUAAGCAACGGUUGUUUCUGCAUUUUCAGCGUGGUGAAGUUUUUACUGAACCCUCACAAUCAGCUAUUGCGGAUACUGAAAAACCACUCUCCUUAGUACAGUUACCAACAAAAACAGCACCACUUUGUCCUGACCCUAAUGAUUCUUUUCUAGCGAAAGCAAGUGAUAAGAUUGGGCCACUGAUAAUUCCUUUCAAUCUUGAUUCUGAAAGUGAUGAAUCUGGCGAUAUGUAAAAGACUUUGAUUUUUUUUUGUGUAUUACAUUUUCGUCCAAGCACAUUUUAACAAUUCUUUUUUCAUGUGGCGUGUAACUAGAAAAUACCCUAUUUAUAAAAUUGUAAAGUGGUGAAGUGUACAAGAGAAAACAUAGAACGGUCAUUGUAACACAUCAAGUUCA